CCUAAUCUAUGGCUUGCUUUGGAGCAUGAAGCCAAGUUUGAUCAUCUUCCCAACUUCAUAUUCAUCUACCCAUCCAUAAUUGAACUUUCAGACUUACUCGUCCCACGUCUUCCCGUAAGAGAGAGAGAGAAGGAACGGUACUCUGAAACCAAUCCAACCUCAUGGCUUCCAUCAGUAACCCCUUACUCUCCUCAAACUACUUGGGUACCCAAAUCUUUCUCUCACCCCCAACUCCCAAGACAACCAAAUCUUUGCCAUUUAGAAAGUUUCCGGUGACUCAAUCUACUCUCAGCAGAAAAUCAAAUUCCCAAUCCCUAAAAAACAUACCGUCACAGGCCACUUUAGCUGCCCUGCUCUUCUCUUCACUAGCCCCGCAAGCCCUAGCCCUGGAUAGCACCACUCCACAGAGUCCACCACCCGUAAUUCAAGUUGAAGAAUCCAAACCAAACCCGUCGCCCUUUUCUCAAAACCUUCUCUUAACAGCUCCAAAACCCCAAACCCAGUCUACGUCUGACCUCCCGGAUGGUAGUCAAUGGCGAUACAGCGAGUUCUUGAACGCUGUGAAAAAGGGCAAAGUUGAAAGGGUUAGAUUCAGCAAAGACGGAGGUGCCCUCCAACUCACUGCUAUUGAUGGCCGUAGAGCCUCCGUAAUUGUCCCCAAUGACCCUGACUUAAUUGACAUUUUGGCAAUGAAUGGAGUCGAUAUUUCGGUCUCUGAAGGUGAUUCUGGUAAUGGGUUGUUCGGCUUUAUCGGGAAUUUGUUGUUUCCAGUUCUUGCUUUUGCCGGAUUGUUCUUUCUAUUCAGGCGAGCCCAGGGAGGGCCGGGUGGGCCUGGCGGACUGGGCGGGCCAAUGGACUUUGGUCGGUCUAAAUCUAAGUUUCAGGAGGUUCCAGAGACCGGUGUCACAUUUGGCGAUGUGGCCGGAGCUGAUCAAGCCAAAUUGGAAUUGCAAGAAGUGGUUGAUUUCUUGAAAAACCCUGAUAAGUACACUGCUUUAGGAGCUAAAAUUCCAAAAGGGUGUCUUUUGGUUGGACCACCCGGCACCGGCAAGACCCUUUUGGCCCGGGCAGUUGCCGGUGAGGCCGGUGUGCCAUUCUUUUCGUGUGCAGCUUCGGAGUUUGUGGAAUUGUUUGUGGGUGUGGGUGCUUCUAGGGUGAGGGAUUUGUUUGAGAAGGCCAAAUCCAAAGCCCCUUGCAUUGUGUUUAUUGAUGAAAUUGACGCAGUGGGGAGGCAGAGAGGGGCAGGACUCGGAGGUGGGAAUGAUGAAAGAGAGCAGACCAUUAAUCAGCUUUUGACUGAGAUGGAUGGUUUUUCGGGUAAUUCGGGUGUUAUUGUUUUGGCUGCGACUAACAGACCGGAUGUUCUUGAUUCAGCAUUGCUGAGGCCAGGAAGGUUUGAUAGACAGGUUACCGUGGAUAGGCCUGAUGUUGCUGGUAGAGUCAAGAUCCUUCAGGUGCACUCCAGAGGAAAGGCACUAGCAAAGGAUGUGGACUUCGAAAAGAUUGCCCGGAGAACACCAGGUUUCACAGGAGCUGAUUUGCAAAACCUGAUGAAUGAAGCAGCCAUACUUGCAGCCAGGCGUGACCUUAAGGAAAUAAGCAAAGAUGAAAUAUCAGAUGCUUUGGAGAGAAUAAUUGCUGGUCCAGAGAAGAAAAAUGCUGUUGUCUCAGAUGAAAAAAAGAAGUUGGUUGCGUACCACGAGGCAGGCCACGCUUUGGUUGGUGCACUGAUGCCUGAAUAUGAUCCUGUAGCCAAGAUCUCCAUCAUUCCUCGUGGCCAAGCAGGUGGUCUCACGUUUUUUGCUCCAAGUGAAGAGAGGCUUGAGUCCGGGCUGUACAGUAGAAGCUACCUGGAGAAUCAGAUGGCUGUUGCACUUGGUGGAAGGGUGGCUGAAGAGGUUAUUUUCGGCCAAGAGAAUGUAACGACGGGAGCAUCAAAUGACUUCAUGCAAGUUUCAAGGGUUGCAAGGCAAAUGGUCGAGAGAUUUGGAUUCAGCAAAAAGAUUGGGCAAGUCGCCAUUGGAGGACCUGGUGGAAAUCCCUUCUUAGGUCAACAGAUGUCAUCUCAGAAAGAUUACUCCAUGGCAACUGCUGAUGUGGUAGAUGCUGAGGUGAGGGAGCUGGUAGAGACCGCCUAUUCAAGGGCCAAGCAGAUCAUGACAACCCACAUUGACAUCCUACACAAGCUUGCUCAACUCCUAAUAGAGAAAGAGACUGUUGAUGGUGAAGAGUUCAUGAGCCUUUUCAUUGAUGGCAAGGCUGAGUUAUAUGUUGCCUAAUUGCAGUCUUCAGCCUCAAUUCCAUGCUGUGUAACAAAUUCCAUAUACAUAUUUCCAAUCAUUUGAAAAGCAAUUAAUUAUUUUGACAAAUCCUUGAGAACAAUCAA